UGACUGCUCAGUGAUUCUAGAAGUUAUUUCAGAUGACUGCUCAGUGAUUCUAGAAGUUAUUUCAGAUGACUGCUCAGUGAUUCUAGAAGUUAUUUCAGAUGACUGCUCAGUGAUUCUAGAAGUUAUUUCAGAUGACUGCUCAGUGAUUCUAGAAGUUAUUUCAGAUGACUGCUCAGUGAUUCUAGAAGUUAUUUCAGAUGACUGCUCAGUGAUUCUAGAAGUUAUUUCAGAUGACUGCUUGUUCUAGUUUCAAGAGUAAAGGGGACUAAAGGGAUAUUAAAGGGCUUUCUAUCUAGGUUUCAGUUUGAUAUUAAAGGUGCUAUACACAGGUUUUUUAAAUUUACAUUUUGUGUUGUAAUUUCAUAAAAUGUCCAUAAUAUAUCUACAGAAAUAGUGGAAUGAUGGUGUGUUUCACAGUAUUGCUUGCCAGUGUUGUGAUUGACUGAUAUUCGCCUCAAAAUGUAAUAGAUUUGACUUUAACUGUGUUAUCAAGUGGGAAUCGCUCUGCAAUUUAAAUUGUACAAUGAUUUCCCUACACUAUUCAGUGCUUGUUUUUUCACAUAAACUGAAAUUGAGCGAACAGUGUAGCAGCCAGGGAAUAAAACAUAAAAAAAUCCACUAAAUAACACAGUCUGAAUUUACAAUGCAAAAAUUCUACUAAAUAAUAAUAUAAUAAAAAAUCCUGUGUAGCGUCUUUUAAUAUUAGUCCGAGUCAGAGAUAUCCUCACCUGCUAUUGGUCCCUGCAGGAAGUCAUGUUGUCAGUUGGACCAUUUGUUAAAACAGAUUUAUGGGUUUAACCAUAAAUAUCAGACACAAGAAUGUACAUUUUUGUAGAAAAUAAAUAUUUUAAUUAAAUUUAUAUAUAAGUAGAAAUGUAAAGAUUAUGGGUGAGGGAGGGACAAUAUAUUUCAUACUGCCUUUUUAAUGCUUUAUAUAUCUUUUAGUUGAAACGCCCUCAACAUAAUACAGCAGAACCUGCCUUGCUUUACUUUGAGAUCUCUCAGGGCCUCUUAGUUAAUAAGCUUUUGUAGCAUUCUGUUCUGGGUAUUGUAAACCAUUCUUCUGUUGCUGGUGAGUUGAAGUUAAGGACUCAUUGUGCCAUAAAGCAACACAAGAACAUAGUGUUCUUGUUAAAUUCUUUUAAAGCAGCUCAAAUUACUUGAAAAAGAUGAUGUAAUUCAUGCUUGUUUAUAAAGUCACACCUGAAAUAAAAGUGUAUUUUCUGUUUUAUAGAUAUCCCAAAUGGAAAGCAGCUUGUGUCCUCUUGUUAUUGUGUAUGGUCCGGAGCCAUGGUCUCCAACAGGCGAAGUACUAUGAAGACACCUCUGAUCUCGACAAGAGGCGCAACAUUCGCAGUGUUGACAACUCCUCAUGUCUAAAGAUGACAACCAGACUUCUUGCCUCAUUUAAUGUCUUGGACAACCACUCCAAGAAAGUCCUGGAUGGGCAUGCAAGGAAGAAUCGUCUGCUGAGCCAUGCCCCCCGGUGCUGCUGUGCCUCCUGCAGGAAGCCAGACCUGGUCCUGCCUCUGACUGUCAACUGUGACUGGGACUUUGAGUUCCCCAACGCUCGCAGGACCCCCAUCUCCAAACCCAAGACCACCACUGACAUCAACGUGGAGCAAGAGUUUCUGCACAACAAAUUACGGGUAUCAAAGCCAGCAACAGCAGCCUCGUCCACCACAGAAGACUUUAGCUGCAAACUGAAGGAGGCCGUAGGCAGCAGAGUGAGCGUCUGCACCUUCUCCAGCCCUGAAUACCUUCCCUGGAGGAUUGGACACAGGACAGGAGAAAGCAGAGGAGGAGGAAGGUUGAAAAGGAAGAGUGUGAGGGACGGGCAGCAGCAUACUCCAGUGACUGACAGCCAGAGAGAGGAAGUGUCUCCUGUAAGUGAUGAUGUCACAGCAGACUGUGUUUCUCUCAGCCUAUCAGAGGAGCUGAAGAGAAAGAAUGUGAGAGUCCUGAUCCCUCGACCCCCUUCAGUUUACCUCCCUCUGCCGAUAGUCAGUGAGACAUACCCUGUGGUGUGCAACAGUGAUCUGUACCAACACAAGCCCUUCACCUCCUCUGGACACCACUUCCUAGAAGACCCUAAUCCCAACCUUAACCCUAGCCCCAACCUCAGCAGGACCACUCUCCACUCUGCUAUCGUCCGCAUCACUGACUCCCUGCAGGCAGACAUAAUGGUGAGGGAGAGGAGAGAGAAAGAAGGGGCGAGAUGGGAGAAGGAUGAGGUGAAAGGGGAGAGGGAGGAGAGAGAGAGGGGAAAAGAGAGAGAAAGGGAAAAGAAACAGGGUGUGGCAGGCCCCCACAGUGUGAGCCUCUGGGUUCUGUCUGCUGAUGGGAGGGUUGGUAAGGCCUCAGAACUGGGACAACUCCCGCUGCAUAGCAACCAGCUGCCCCCCCCUCCCUCAAGCAGGGCCCAUCUCCUCCCCUCUCCUCCCCCCAGGCAGACGCGAGGCAGCUCCACUGCUGUGGGUCCUGUGCUCAAUGGGAUGAACCCUAAAAUGUCAGAGCCUCUGAUUGGCCCUCCAAACUACUUCAGACCACUCCCCUCUGGAACCAGCAAGCGGCUUCAGACAAGCUCUCUCAGGGAGCCAAUCACAGGUCAGAUGGACUUCCUGUUCAUCUCCAAGCCGCUGAAGCAUCAUCAUGAAGAGAGCAUGAGUCCGCUGGUUGCCAAUCAACGGGCCAGUAGGGAGGAUUGGCGGUUGGGACAGAGGCACUUGGUGAUGCUGUCAGAGGAAAUAGAUGUAGAGAACAUCAGAGUUUACGGAGUCCGCUUCUUCCUGUCCCAACUCGGGAACAAGACCCCACGGCAUUCCCCCUCCCUCUAUCUCUCAGAACAUCACUCACACACACAUGUCAAAACCAAUUCCCUUUACGACUCAGGCAUGGAACACACACUGAAAACCUGCUCCUCUUAUGAGUCUGGCUCAGAACACACACUGAGACCCAACUUCCCCUUCGACCCUCAGCAGGCUAUCAGCAUCCCUACAGCAGAGAAUGUUCUCUUACCAUGAACUGAGAGUAGGACUAUAUAUUAUCUAGCUAGCUAUAUGUUCUAUAACAUAGAAAUAACGUUUGUUUUUGUUUUUACAAUAAAUUUGGACUGCAAACUUCA